GCUGGGUGAUGACGUCAGAGAAGCGCCGGAGCGGCUGGCGCGUUUGUUUCUGUACGAGGAGUGAGUGAGGCGGUCCGCAGAGAACCGGUAGUAUGGCGACAGCUCUGGAGAAUUAUAUCAACCGAACAGUUGCAGUUAUUACAGCGGACGGGAGGAUGAUUGUGGGAACACUCAAGGGUUUUGAUCAGACGAUAAACCUAAUUUUGGACGAGAGCCAUGAGCGAGUAUUCAGCUCUUCACAAGGAGUAGAGCAAGUAGUACUGGGACUAUACAUUGUACGAGGAGAUAAUGUAGCGGUCAUUGGAGAAAUAGAUGAGGAGACGGAUUCUUCGCUGGAUUUGGGGAACAUCAGAGCAGAACCUUUGAACUCCGUUGUAAAUUGAUCUCUGUGUAAAUAAUAAGCUGUACAUGAUUUUAUUCAUUAUAUAUGUUUUCUUACAAGCGUUUGGAUAAACAUCAUAUGUAUUAUUGUUAUUGUGUUUAGUUAAUUGUGUAUAAUAAAAUGUUUGUACAUUUUAGACUUUUUCUUCAUGCUACUAUUGUCUGUCUUUAGACUAUUUGCUUUGUAUUAUAAAGAAGUAAAAGGGCAAGGAAUUCAGGCUGAUAUUCUUGCACCAACUGAA